GAUGCUUCCAAGUCCGCCCAAGAAGCUCCAGGAUGGCCCAAGAUGGCCGCAAGAUGGCCUCCGUAGCCAUUUGGGCUCAAGGGCACCUUGCCCGCACCUGCUUCAUCGUGGAGGUAUCUCCUGCUUGGGGCACCAGCCAGAGACCUCAGCUUUUGAUUUCCCGGCGAUGUGGGCUUCUUUGAUUGUUGUAGCAAAUUUUGCAAGCAAAUCCCAAUCGUGGGGCUUGCUUUCACCGUUUCGCCUCCGUCAUAUGACGACCUCGAGAAGAUGUUGCAGGUCUAUGCUCUGUUGACAGGCUUGGUAUUGUCGAUGGUCGGGGGUUGCAUCUUCGAGGACAUCGACAUCCUCCGCAGGGCUACCGACAUCUAUGGCGCCCUUUUUGGAUCGCUUGAGCUGCUAUUCCUGGUGCGUGCCAUCAUCGUCUGCCUUUACAUAUAAUUAAUGAUGUUCGGUACGCAGGAAGAUAAACCUCUCGCCGCAGAGCAGGUUCGCAGUUGGUGGGUGAACGGUGGGAGGUGGAUCUUCGUUGGACUGCCGAUGCUCGUGCUGUACUCUUGCUGGCAGUUCCUGAUGGCUGUCACGCUGUAUUUCGAGAGCAAGUCUGACUAUAUGGGUGUCGGUCCGUUCGAUCAUGGGUGCAUGAAGAGUUGGUUGACGCUCCCCAUAGUUUCACUCGUGGCAUUCAUUACCAUAUACGUGAGUUUCCUCUCAGCGGGAUGGAGUGAGGAAGCUUACGGGCUCAUACCAGAGGACAGCUCGUCCUCCGGUUCGGGUUCAAUCAUGUGUCGUUGUUAUUCAAGAUGACGAUACAAGCUUCCGACGUUGGUCGGUCUUAGGAUGAUGUUUGAGCGCGGGGGGGAGACCAGCAUUAUGUCUGCUGUGCGCGCAUGGCUUUCUCGCGAGCCUAGUCCUCCGCCGCAGCGAUGUUCUAGAGCUGUACACUCUCACUUUGUCACCUCGCUGGCCGAUAGCCGCCAGAUCAGGGCGAUCCCACUCCCAGUCCAGCACCGCACUUGACACCUCAGCGCGGGCUUCGAAGCCGUGGCCUCGGCUCUCCUCGGCAGGCAGUGUUACCGCGAGAGGGGGGCGUGCCAGUAGUGUCGGAUCGGAUCGGGGUC